AUGAAGCUCCCACGACCAUCAUUCCGGAGCUCUCUAAUUCCACGCACCGCCUUGUCUACCCGGGCUCCACGACGAAAGAAGGGCGGCAAAAUAAACAAUCUAUCGAUCCGGCCGCCGUUGGCUACAGCCAGGCAAACAAUCAGACCCUACAGUAAUGCUGCUGUAUCCGCCGCCGACCUCAAGUUUGGGCAGCCUGUCUUCGAGACACACCCCCACAUUCUCAAAGCCGGCGAACGUAUGCAUCUCUUUCUCUGCCCCCUUUCUAACUCUCCUCUCCUCCCAUGGUUGUUGCUAAUCGCCUUUGUUUUUCCUUACAAUGUAGUCACGCCUGGAAUCACAGCCCAAGAAUAUGCCGAUCGAAGGGCAGCCCUCGCGGAUUCCAUGACGGAGGGAGCGGUGGCAGUACUUCAUGCCGCCUCCCUCCAAUACAAAUCUGGCGCCGUGUUCCACCCUUACAGGCAAGAGUCGAACUUUCUCUGGCUAACAGGAUGGAACGAAGACGACGCCGUUGCAAUUAUUGAGAAGACGGGUCCCAAUUGGGGCGACUACACCUUUCGCAUGUUCGUCAAGCGGAAAGACCCCAAGGAAGAGCAAUGGAACGGCUACCGAAACGGCAUGGAGGCUGCCGAAGACGUUUUCAACGCGGACGAGGCACAUUCAAUAGAUGGUGUUGACAGCCUUUUGCCGGAAAUCCUCAAGUCUGCCCGGCUGGUAUACGCUGAUGUUCAACCUGUACGCGACUCGAGGAGUAACUCGCUGUGGCGGUUCUUCUCGAAUAAAGAGUCGACUAGUCCCGCGAGGACACCGCUGUACCCUGUGAUGAACAAACUACGAGUCGUAAAAAGCGCCGCAGAAGUAGCCAACAUGCGCAAGGCGGGUCAAAUUUCUGGUCGUGCCAUCACCGAAGCCAUGAGGCGGGGCUGGACGAAAGAAAAAGACCUCCAUGCCUUCCUGGACUAUCAAUUCAUCGUUAAUGGAUGUGACGGACCUGCGUACAUCCCCGUCAUUGCUGGUGGCGAACGAGCCAAUUGCAUUCACUACACCGUAAACAACAAUACGUUUAAAGACGGCGAAUUCAUCCUUGUGGACGCCGGUGGCGAGUACGGCACAUAUAUCACCGAUAUCUCUCGAACGUGGCCUGUUUCUGGGAAAUUCAGCGCCGCGCAGCGCGACCUGUACGAAGCCGUCCUCAAAGUUCAGCGUACCAGUGUAUCCUUGUGCCGCGAAAGCGCGAGAAUGUCCCUCGAGGAUAUCCACGGCAUCACGGCACGCGGUCUGGUCGACCAACUCAAGGGCAUCGGCUUUGAUGUCUCCAUGAGUAACAUAGAUCAACUCUUCCCUCACCACGUCGGCCAUUACAUUGGCCUCGACGUCCACGACUGCCCUGGUUAUACGCGGCGAGAAACCCUCAAACGCGGCCACUGUGUCACCAUCGAACCUGGUGUCUAUGUACCCCACGAUGAGAGAUGGCCAAAACACUUCCGUGGCAUGGGGAUUCGUAUCGAAGAUAGCAUAUGCGUAGAUGAGGAUUCGCCAUUUAUUCUGGCAACAGAGGCGGUGAAAGAGGUGGAUGAUAUUGAGGCGCUGAGAUGA